AUGUCGAAGAAGAAUAUGAGAACAAUUAUCAAUUGCACCAACAUCAUGGCUGAGUACGAAGCAUGUAUCUUGGUUUUACGUUUAGCCCUCGACAUGGAUGUGAAAGAUCUUCAGGUCAAGUUCAAACGCAUACCAAGAAACCAGAACGAGUUUGCCGAUGCAUUGGCAACAAUAGCAUCCACGAUUCAGCAUCCCGACAGUAGAUACAUUGAUCCGGUCAAAAUUGAAAUCAGAGAUCAACCAGCCCACUGUGCUUUUGUAGAGGCUAAGACUGAUGGAAAACCUUGGUACGUCGACAUUAAAAUGUUCUUGGAGAAAGGAGAAUAUCCCGAAGGAACCACUUUAAAUCAGAAGAGGACUAUUAGGAAGUUAGCAAAUGGUUUCUUCCUCAACAAGAAUGUCCUGUACAAAAGAACUCCAGAUUGGGGAUUGCUUAGUUGUGUUGACUCCGUCGAAGCUACAAAAUUGCUUGAAGAAGUGCAUCUUUGGAACUUGCGGACCUCACAUGAACGGGUUCGUACUGGCUAA